AUGGUGUACACGAUUAGCGAAAAUGUGGAGAGAAUCGGAGAAAUCGGUAACACCAUGGACGCCAAAUUCCAAAAGAUAAACACCACCGAAAACGAUGGAUCCUUCAACGAAUUGGACCAGAAGGAGAAACUGAAAAUUUGGAAAAACGUCCUUCUAAUAGGAUUCGCCUUCAUGAUCCACUUCACCGCCUUUUGGGGCGCUUCCAAUCUACAAAGCUCAGUUAACUCAGAAGCAGCCUUAGGCACAUUCACCCUAGCUAGCAUCUACGGCUCUCUGCUCAUAUCAAAUAUUCUACUACCCGCUUUGGUCAUCAAAUGGCUGGGAACGAAAUGGACCAUCGCCUUGUCCUUCAUCCUCUACAUGCCGUUCAUACUCUCCCAAUUCCACCCGGCAUUCUACACGCUAAUUCCAUCGGGAUUGGCGGUGGGCUUGGGCGGAGGUCCUCUCUGGUGCGCCAAAUGCACUUACCUGACGGUCAUCUCCGAAGCCUACGCCAAACUCGCCGGCGUUCGCGCCGAAGUCGCCGUCACCAGAUUCUUCGGGAUAUUCUUCAUGUUCUACAACUUCUCGCAGGUGUGGGGCAACCUCAUCAGCUCCGCCAUUUUAUCUUCUGGUGAUGCAACGCCGAUGGAAGGUAUCGGUAAUGGUACAUCUUCAGUUGCUGAUGUGUUAACCAAAAUUGAAUCGGACAAUUCGGUUAGUACGGAGAGCCAAUGUGGUGCAAAUUUCUGUCCUGGAUCCGCCUCAGCUGAUGCUACACCCGCCUUGGCUCCACCGUCGCCGGCUAAAAUCAACCUUAUAGCCGGAAUUUAUUUCUUCUGCAUGGUGGCAGCCGUGGCGAUAGUCAGUAUUGGCGUGGAUAGAUUGUCUAGGUACAGGAAGAACAGAAACAACAACGAACCGGCUACAUCCGGAUGGAAGUUGCUGAUAGUAACAUUAAAACACGCGAAGCAACCUCUUCAGAUUCUGAUACUGCCCAUUACAAUGUUCAUAGGAGCAGAACAGGCGUUCCUAGCAGCUGAUUACACAGCCGCGUUCGUUUCCUGCAGCUGGGGCAUCAGCAACAUCGGCUUCGUCAUGGUUUGCUUCGGCGUGUGCAACGGACUAGCCUCGAUAUUCUCCGGGAGUUUGGCGAAAAUCACCGGCAGGAGGCCGGUGGUGUACUUCGCUUUCCUGCUGCACAUGGUCCUGCUGGUAACGUUGCUGUUGUGGCGACCCAGCCCCGAUCGAAACUGGGUGUUCUUCCUCGUCUCGGGUCUAUGGGGAGUCUGCGAUGCACUAUGGCUGGUCCAAAAUGGUGUUUAAUUACAGCUAGAUUUCAUGAAAAAAUUCGGUUAUUUACAACUGGAUAACGACAAUAACGAAGCAUUGUAUAGAGAAGAAGGAAUAUCCGAUACAAUCAAAACAAUGCAGCGUUUCGGAGGAAUCGAAGAAACAGGAAUUUUCGACGAACAAACCCAGAAGCUAGUAACUUUACCUCGAUGUGGAGUCCCCGACAUAAUCAGAUCGAAAAGGGAAAGACGGUAUGUACUCGGACCAGAAAAAUGGAACAAGAGAAACAUUAGCUAUUUCUUAGCCAAUUGGUCCCCGGAACUGGGAGAGCAACUGGUCCAAAAUAACAUCCAACGAGCCUUGGAUAUUUGGGGAGGAUACGGGAGGCUAUCAUUCCACCGCAAACACACCCAAGACGCGGACAUUAUAGUGGCCUUUGCCCAAGGAUACCACGGCGACAGCAUCCCGUUCGACGGUCCCGGGAAAAUCCUGGCGCACGCCUUCUUGCCGCAGGAGACGAGCGAUCGCGGGGGUGAUAUACACUUCGAUGCCGAUGAGUUAUGGGUGGAUAAAUCGAAUGAAGGGGAUGAUGCAUCGGAGGGAACGGAUUUUUUUACAGUGGCUCUGCACGAGCUCGGACAUUCGCUCGGUUUGUCCCAUUCCACGGCGCAGAAUUCCAUCAUGUUUCCCUACUAUCAGGAGCUCGAAAACGGGGUGCGUUUGGGCUACGAUGAUAUUUUGGCUAUGUAUGAUUUGUAUAUUCGUAGUAGUUUGAAAGAUGAGGAGGUUUUUAAAAAUUACGAGGAUGGAGAUGGAGGAGAGGAGACUACUGAAACUAGUGAAUCUACAAGUACAACAAUGUCUGAUAAUUUUACUAUUUCAACUAAUUCCGAAUAUUCAGAAGAAGACUCGACCUAUACCUCUUUGCAAACUGAUCUCAUUGAAACAACAGUAUCUUAUAAUUUUACUGAAAUUUCAACAACUUCCUAUAAAUACCCAACAACAAUCACCGAUAAAUCAUUUCUAACUGAUGACUGGUGA